UCAUGUCACCCACCCCUCGGAGUCCAUGCGUCCCCAUCUAAUACAUCUGCAAGAAGAGGCAUCGUAAUUUCACAAUCAUGGAGUGCAAGGUGUGCCUGGAGCCGUACGACGACUCGCACAAGAGGCCGCGAGUCCUCCCCUGCGGCCACACCUUCUGCUCCCCCUGCAUCCGGGGCCUCGUGCAGGACGGCUACCUGCCCUGCCCGACCUGCCGCACGGAGCACGUCAUCCCCGGCGACUACUCCUUCUUCCCCAUCGUGUUCGAGUUCGAGGAGCUGCUCAACAGGGUGAAGCACACGAGGGGCACCCCGGCGACGUCCUCCUCCUCCUCCCCCUCCUCGGUGACCUCCUCGGGACGGCCCCGCAGGGAACGCGGCAGCGCCAUCAGCAAGAAGCUCACGAACCUCAAGGUGGAGCAGGAGAGCUCCAUGUGCCAGUCGACCUCGGCGUGCGUGAGGAUGAGGCGCCAGCUGGCCAUGUACAAGGCCAGCCUGGUCGAGUGGGAGCGCGAGCACCGGCAGCUGGCGGGCGACCUGCGCAGGUUCGUGCAGCUCAACGAGGAGGUGGAGCGCCUGCUGGCCCGGGAGCGGGAGGCCGUCGAGCGCAUGCAGCUGGAGGGCGUCGACAAGACCCAGCAGCUGCGGACGGCCAGGAGGACGCUCAUCGAGGUCCGCUCGUCGCAGGACACCUUCGACGCCCUCAACCACGGCGACUUCGCGCAGGACGAGGCCGAGGACUGGAUGCUCAAGUGCCGCGAGGCCUUCCCCGGCGUCGACGCCGUCCGCAAGUCGGUCAAGGUCCGCGCGGCCACGUCGAAGGCGGUGAGCCAGAUGUUCCGCGAGACGAGGAACUGCUCGGACGUCCCCCUCACGCCGGCGGAGGAGCGCUACAGCGACAUCAUCUCCCUCGCCGACAUCUUCGCCGACCAAGCCAACAGCCUCACGGAUCCCGACCCUUCGGCCGAGGAGAGCGUGUCCGAAUGCCUGGCCGUACCGCAGGAGAGCGUGUCCGAUUCCCUCUGCCUGGCUGACGAGAUCGUGAGCGAACCGAUCCACGUGGCUGAAGACAGCGUGUUCGAGGCCGUCCGCGUCGAGGGCAGCGAGGCCGACCUCGUGACGGACGGAGAGGACGCUGACGGCGGCGAGGGCGCGGAAGACGACAGCACCAUCCUGCGGAAGGUCCGUCACAUCCAGUUCACGGCGACCGUGGAUCUGACUGCCGAGAGUCUGAGCCUGAUGAGGGAGCCAGUGAGGGCCAUGCUGGAAGCCGGGGAGGUCUACGUCGUGCAGGAAGGCCAGAGACACGUGCGGUCGGCCAAGCUCUCGCUGAGGGAGGACAUGAUCUGCCUGCACCACCUUCAGGAGAAGCAUCCGCCGGCGCUGGCUCGGACGAUUUCGUAUUGCGAGGUGGAGGCCAUGCUCGACUACUCGUACGCCCUGACCUUCCUGGAGCUGGCGUGGCCCGGGUCGCCGCCGCGGAGGGUGUACAUCCGGCUGAGCCCCGACUCGGGCCGGGGGCGCCAGUUCGUGAUGCUGUGCUCGGGCGAGAAGGGCCACUCCUACGCCAACACCAACUUCCUGAGGGUGAAGAACAAGGGCCUGCGGGGCGAGUGCCUGCAGGGGGGCGACUACAACUUCAACUCGGGCGUCGGGGGACACAACAUCAUCCCGGGCCUGGCGUGCAACGGCGAGUACAAGCGGCGUGACGUGACGGGGUCCGUGGGCGCCGUCUACACCAACGCCCUGAACGGCGCGCAGUUCUACAUCCGAACGCGGGGGCGCCCGGCCGUCAACCGAUUCACCGUGUUCGGACAGGUGGAAAAAGGCUUAGAAGUGGCCGCGGCCGCCAUCGCUCUGCAGGACGUGAAGAAAGAGACAUGA